GGAAAAAAAUGGCAGCGCUAUCCGGUAUCCUUCGGACGUCCAUACCCUAAACCCUACCCUAAUCUUAACCCCUACCUUUACUUUAACCCUAACCUUAACCAUAACCCUUACUAAACCCUAAUCUUAACCAUUACCUUAACCAUUUUACAUGUCAACUUCAAUUGGUUAGGGACGUCCUAAGGAUCCCGGUUUGCACGGACCAAACAAAAUAGUAGCCAGAAAGCAUGUAAAUUGACAGAGUCACGUGAACAGAGAAAUCCAUAGAAGAAUAUGCUGAAACUCUAUGGGGGAACGCACGUUUGAUUAUGCACCCUAAAGUAUGGUCGCUCGAAUCAGAAUAUUCGACUGACGGAGAGGAAUAAACAAUAUCAAGACCAGCAGAGUUUAUAUCAACGAAGUUUGGAGCGGAAACUUGGCAGGGAAACAUGGACGAAGGAGGUCUGGGCAAAGGUGGCGAUAGAGGAGAGGAGCCAGGAUCCUUGCUGGGUGGGCAGCAACAGUCCAUGCACGGCGCAGGCCACUGCAAGUGGUUCAAUGUGCGGAUGGGCUUCGGGUUUAUAUCCAUGACUAGUCGUGGGGGAACUCCCGUAGAUCCUCCUAUGGAUGUAUUUGUUCACCAAAGCAAACUGCACAUGGAGGGCUUUCGCAGCCUGCGGGAGGGAGAGCCACUAGAGUUUACUUUCCAGUGGUCCCCCAGGGGCCUGGAGUCUGUACAAGUCACGGGCCCCGGGGGAGGCCCCUGCUCGGGCAGUGAGAGGAGACAGAAACCCAAACCCCCGGCCCUGCCGCAGAGAUGGAAGCCGAAGGGAGACCGAUGCUAUAACUGUGGAGGACUAGACCACCAUGCCAAAGAGUGUGGCCUGCCGCCCCAGCCAAAGAAGUGCCACUACUGCCAGAGCGCAAUGCACAUGGUGGCCCACUGUCCUCACCGGCCCCCCGGCCCCUUGUCUCCUAGCCAUGCCACAGCCACUCAGGGAAGACGCACUACUGUGGACCAGUACUCCUCCACCACCUCCUACAGCCCCAGUCCCAGGCAGGGAAACAGGCACUCCCAGCCCUCUCAGGACAGUUCCUCCCCCCUCAGCAAGUCAAGUCCUUCUGCAAGUCCUCCAGCUCUCCGCAACACCCGGCACAGAUCCAGAAGAGAUCUGGAGCGCACCACAGGUGGAAACAAUCCUGAUCCACAUCCACCAUGGACGGAUGCCACCUGUUAGUAUGACCUCUGGUCCAAUAAAACCACCUUCCUUCAGUCUCCUCCUCACACAGACACAUCCUGAGCUACCUCUGGGGCAACCUCAAGCAGAUCCACAUUUCUAAACAAAUGGACAGUAAAGUAUCUAUUUUACUUCCCCAAUCCCUCCCAGAUUCUCCCUCUACCAAACGCUGUACAUCUUAGCUACCUCCUGGGCCAACUCAACCCAUCUCCACAUAGAUAGACCUAUAAUCUUAGUUAGCUCCUGGGCCAACUCAACCCAUCUCCACAUAGAUAGACCUAUAAUCUUAGUUAGCUCCUGGGCCAACUCAAUCCAUCUCCACAUAGAUAGACCUAUAAUCUUUGUUAGCUCCUGGGCCAACUCAACCCAUCUCCACAUAGAUAGACCUAUAAUCUUAGUUACCUCCUGGGCCAACUCAAUCCAUCUCCACAUAGAUAGACCUAUAAUCUUAGUUAGCUCCUGGGCCAACUCAAUCCAUCUCCACAUAGAUAGACCUAUACUCUUAGUUACCUCUUGGGACAUAUUCAGCCUCAUCUACCUCAGAUUGGUAGCACAAGAAUGACCAGUCACCCUUGUGUUUCCAUCGCUCAGUCAGGUUCAUUGACAUCCGCUCUACUAUCAAUUGCAAUAAGAAGACAACUGGGAAUGGGACUGACACACAAACAGCCAAAGCAAUCUUGUUCUUUCUUUUGAUCAUUUACCUGAUCUGAACCAUAUUGUCCCAAAGCUCAGUCUGUUCAAAUUCACCACUCACCUGGAUUCACCUGGAUUCACCUGGAUUCACCAUUCAGACGGAUUCACCAUUCACCUGUUCCAAGGGGAAGUAUUUCUUAAAUUUUCUUUGUCUAUUUUGGAGAACUACGCAGGGCGGUUCGAAGCCUUGGUUUUCUCUGUGUGUUUUUCAUCAGACGGUAGCCAAAGACACCCAAACCCAAUCAUACCUCUUAGGCCCGGUUUGCCGAACAAAGAUUAAACCUAGUCUUAGACUAAAACGCCCUUUCAAUGGAGAAUCGUGAUCGUCAUUGAACUUGCUUUUUAGUCCAGGACUAGACUAGAUCUGUGUCUGGGAAACUGUUUCUAACUAAACCAAUGCUAAUAUGAUCAUUUGUCUGUUCAGGGCAGUGAAGAAGUAGUAUACCUGCCAUCCUCAUCAAUAACAAUACUCAAUGUAAAUAUUAACAUGUAUGUUGAAUGCAUUUAUAAGGAGACAUGGUUUAUGUUUCUUUUAACUUUACCCACACCAUAUCAUGACCAUACAGUACUCUCUCUCCCACAGGGUACGGCUGCACUGACUGACUCUGAAAGAGCAUUCUCAGCGUGUCAGCGGAGCAGUCACUUCUUAAUGUGUGUUGACAAAUCAAACUUAAUCUAAUCGAAUGACCUUAGUAGGAAGUGUAAGAUGACAAAUAAUCAAUGUGGUGAAAUGUUUGCCUUCAAUCUUUUGACUGUGUGACUGAAGGGCAUGAUACUGCAUGAAACAAAGCCCAGAUAUGCUGUAUAAUGCAGCUAUGAAUUGAACGUCUAGGCUCUACUAUGUUUACUGACAGUGAAUAUGUGUUAUACUCAUAGAUCGUGUAUAUAUAAUCAAACAUUAGCACAAACCAAACUAGAUCCCUGGAGGACUCAAAUGUUAUAUUUUCUCGCAGGAGAAAGAAUGUUCUCAGGGAACUUACCAAAAAGUGUACUUUUCGUUUUGAGGGGAAUCAUCAUCAUAGAACUAAAUGUGUUUUUGUUUGAAGCAAACCAUGUGAUAUUGAGUUAGUGUUCAACUCUAUAGACUUAUGUACUGAUAUUAGUAACUGCCUCUGAGUUCUAAGUAUACGCACAUGUCCACACCUGUCUGAACCUGUGUGUUAUUGUAAGUGCAUACCACCAUCUAGUGGUCAGUUCUGGUCAUUUAUAUUCUGUUUACAUUAUGGUUUCUGUUUGUCUUAGCGUUCCUUGGUCACAUCACUAAGACAAAGGACCAAACUGUGAAAUUCUACACACAGGCCUAUUUCACUGAGUAUACAAAACAUUAAGAACACUCUCCUAAUAUUGAGUUGCACCCCCCUUCCACCCUUUUUCCCUCAGAAAAGCCUCAAUUAGUCAGGGCAUGGACUCUACAAGGUGUCGAAAGCGUUCCACAGGGAUGCUGGCCGAUGUUGACGCCAAUGUUUCCCAUGGUUGUGUCAAGUUGGCUGGAUGUCCUUUGGGUGGUGGACCAUUCUUGAUACACACGGGAAACUGUUGAGCAGGGAAAAUCCAGCAGCGUUGCAGUUCUUGACACAGGUGCACCUG